ACAGAUUUUGACUACAGCGACAUAAUGUCCAAAUACUUUACCAUCGAUGACCAUUUUCAAUCUUGGGUUGACCUGAGGUUAGUUGACAAUGUGACAUUGACUUGAACUUUUUUUCCUGACAGGGAUUUUUAAACCUUUAAGUAACAAAAAAAUAGGGACUCCUUCCUUUUUAUACGACAAUACCAAUGGAACUGUUAUUGCCCGAGGUCUCUCCCAUGAUGAAGCGAUGCGGGAAUUCGAAGGACAUCAAGAAAACCUCGUUUAUGUAUGCAACAUAUUUAAUGAGCUCCAUGAUAUAUAUUUAAGGCCACAGCAGUAUAAUGCGCAUGAAAAAAUUGUCCUCCAAGAAGCAAUAGAUAUACUACAACGACACGUAUAUUCCUGGAAAGAACGCUUAAAUAGUUCGAAUAUGGACUUUUAUUAUGCAUUUACGUUACCUACUAAUUGGUGUCCAGAAAUAAGAGAGGAAUUGAUCCGACCACUCUUCAUAGAAGCCAACCUUAUUCAAGAAGGUGAUAGUCAGGGGAGACUAAUUUUUUUCACAGAGUUGGAACCAACUUUUCGAAACAUGCAAUCGGACAGAUACUCUCUUCAGAAUAUAGAAAUACGACCUGGUAAACAGUACGUGAUAUGCUCGUUGGAUCUUCAAACAGAAAUACAUGUAAACCUUGAGUUAGUCUCGGCUCAAUAUCCUCCUGCUUUAAAGAUGACAGACAAUAACUACGUUCCACAACUAUUGAAUCAAACUCGUUUUACUAUACCCUUUGGAUUGGAAGAAGUACGAUCGUCUCUAAUAGCAUGUUUGGAAAAGCGUUGCAGUACAUUUUCGGCUCCAGAAGUAGUAGACAUGAUGUUUGAAGAGCUAGACAAAAGUGGAGAAUAUUUACAACAACUUGCAGUAAGUUUGGUAUUCACGUACGCAUGCCACGUUUGUAAACCCUUUGUUGGUUCGUAGGACUCAGACGAAUUAUCAUUAAAUGCUCUCUUAUUACAUCAACCUUUUUAUAAUUUUGGGGUUUUUUAUGGUAAACAACACGGACUGGAG